UGCGUACAAAAACCCGCCUGUGGUCACCGCCACGGGAAGAUGCCGGCUCCUGCCUGCAAAGCCCAGCCCCGCGGGUUGGCUGGAGAAGAGGCCCUUGCCCGUCACCCCUGGGCCCGUGCGCGUGGUGGUGCCUCGCUGGGGGUGUUUAAGGUGUGGGCACUGUUGCUCGGUACUCACCAAACAAGAGACGUGCCUUGUGUGAAGUUUUCAGAUCACGAGGAGCGGCUGUCUGGAAGUGAGAGGGAGGAGGAUGAGGAUGAUGUUGAGGCUGCCCUGAAGAAGGAGGUCGGCCAGAUCCGUGCCUCGACAGAGCAGAAGCUGCGGCGGUUCCAGUCUGUGGAGAGCGGUGCCAACAACGUGGUCUUCAUUAGAACCCAGGGCAUAGAACCUGAGAACCUGGUGCACCAUAUAUUAAAGGACAUGCAUGCCACUAAAAAGAAGAAGACAAGAGUCAUUCUGCGCAUGCUGCCCAUUUCUGGAACUUGCAAGGCUUUUAUGGAGGAUAUGAAAAAGUACACAGAAACAUUUUUUGAGCCUUGGUUUAAAGCCCCUAAUAAGGGUACUUUUCAGAUUGUUUACAAAGCUCGUAAUAACAGUCAUAUGAGUAGGGAAGAAGUAAUUAAGGAAUUGGCAGGAAUUGUGGGCAGCCUCAAUCCAGAAAACAAAGUUGAUCUUAAUAACCCACAAUAUACAAUUGUGGUGGAAAUAAUAAAAAACGUCUGUUGCUUGAGUGUUGUGAAAGACUAUGUUCUGUUCAGAAAAUACAAUCUACAGGAGGUGGUGAAGAGCAACAAAGACGACGCACAACAAAACCCAUCAAAUCUGACAGAAGACCAGAACUCCGUGGUAGUAAAACCAGAAACCGAGGAAGACGAGAAGAGCUCAAAAGAAGUAAAACAAGAGACCAACAGCCAAGGUGACAUAGAAGCCGAGCCCAAGGGGAAUGAUGCACUGACAGUGUAGAAAAUGUGGAAGAAGGGAAAGAUAAACACAAUCGAAACGUAUUUUAAAAAGUUGCCCUAGAGUUCUGAAAGGGCCUUUUAAAGAGGAGAGUGGGUUUUGUUUCGAAAUCUUGUUUUUAAAAUCCACAUGUGUAAGAAAUUUAAUGCUUGUUGCAGGUGGAGCUGACAUUACAGCAGAUAAUGAGAGUGCUCAGGAGCGCGUCACCUUUCUGGUGAAGCUUGCUGUCAUUCUUCUAGGGCUUUGUUCUGCAUUGCCUUUAACUAGCACAAAAAACAGGUGUGUGUGCAUGCAAAUGUGAAUGUGGCCAUCCUGACAUAUAUUGACUCUCCUUUGUUAUAUCUGAUGGCUACAGAAGUCAAAGCAGUGCAGAAUCAGCUCUAUCAGGAAGUAUUGACAAUAGUGAGAGAUCUGAAAAAGACAGUUACUUGCAGAGGGUUUUUAGGGAAGUGAUCUGACAACUCGUGUGACUGCAGAACUCGGAUAAAUUUUUCUGUGUGAACAACAGAAUGAGCUAAACCUGAUAAUUUCCUGUAUGAUGGAGGGUUAUAUACAUAUCUAUAUACAUGCAUCACUCUAGAAGGAUAUGCUAAGUCUUGAAAGUGAAUGGGAAGAACUCCUAUGAUCAAAAUACUUGAAUACUAUGAGAUGAUUUAGAGCAAUAGAUUUGACUGUUCUAGAACAGUAGAAGUACAGUGCAGGCAUUGCAGAUGGUUUUAGCAAAAACUACCUGUGUGUUUACAUUAGCUGUGUAUACAGCAGUUACUGGUGUAUGGGAAAUGCUGUAGUCACUGAACAGAAUCCUUCUGAGUAGUGUCCUGCAAAGCCUUUUGCUGCUCUUUCCAAAUCCGGGGAGGGAUGGUUUAUAAAGUCUUUUUUGUUUUUAUUGUUUUCUUAGGUCUCAAAAUUUGCAUUUAAAUACUGCUUGGAAACUUCUUAUGAAAGAAGCUAUCCAUUUUACCAUACUGCAUAAGGGGAAUUAAGUUUAAUUUUUGGUACAGUUUUAGCUUUAAAGUAUUAAUUUUUUUCAGAUUGAAAGUAAUGUUAGUGAGUCUGUCUGUUGUCUGUUUGUCACAGCAGCUUUUUUGAUAUCCCAGUGACUUUUCAAAAACAACCAAAACCAGUGCAGCUAUAACCUGCUUUCUAGUAGGGUUAUGAGUAUGCUUCCUGUUCAACUGUCUAGCAUUAGUAUUUCAUUUCUAGUGUAAAAGCCUAUGGGUUGCUAAUGGGAAAAGACUCAUCUUGAAGAACACCACUUGUUACUUGUCUUGGUUUAGUGAAAUGGAUGUGUUCAAGUCUCUCAACAGUGUUAAUUUAUAUUUUCUCUCAAAAUUGUUUUAGAAGUUGGAAAAUUAAGAAGACUUUUUUUUUUUUUUUUUUUCCUUUAGUCCUGUCUCCCUUACCACCUACCUAUUAAAACUCGGCUUUCUUACCUCCAUUGGUGUUUUCUUUAAAUUUUAAAGCUUUUUGUGUGUGGAUUAAACCCAGCAAUGUCUAGGUCACACAUAGGAAAGAACCAUUUGAGACCAGGCACAGAGACCAAAAUUGAGUAUUUACUGGUGCCUGAUGUUGGUGAUAACUAUUCAAGAUAGCCUACUUAUCUUACUAAGGACAAAGACAGACUCAUGAAUAGUUUGUGGUUUGGUUUUUUUUUUUUUUCCCCCUUCUUUCUGUCAUUCAUCUGUGUGUCUGCAGGACCUAUAGGUCUUCAGAAGAAACUGCUGAAUAGCUGCCAUCCGUUUGUCAAGCCUAUGUCUGACAUUUAGAUGCUGCCUAUGCUGCAGUCCUAAAGAUGUCCGCAUUCUUCUGAUUUUUCAUAAUUGCACUUACUUAACACAAUUGUUAACAUAUUUAUUUCUAAAUCUUGAGGCUUUCAAGAUUCAUACAAGCAGGGUGCUUAAUUUGGAUGCAUGCAAGAUCUAUGGCCAUUUCUGGGAACUUUAUUGCAUACUAUCAUGAUUUCCUCAUUCAAAAUCCUCUUGUAAGUUUAAAUAUCUGGUCUCAAAGA